AUGAGAGAAAACAAAGAUACGAAUAAUAAAAAGAAGAAAUUUUUAACAUUAGCUCAAAAGAAAGAACUCUGCAAAAAACGAAGAGAUCAAAAAUUUAGUGGUGUUAAAUUAGCAGCACAAUAUGGAAUUUCCACUAGCACAGUUUCUGAUAUUUUAAAAGGAUUAGAAUAUUGGCUUUCCAUUGAUACCACUUUACCAAAUGCAAAUAAUUUUCGUGAAAAAUCUAGUGUUUAUCCACAAUUAGAAGAACAUCUGCAGGAUGUUGGUAAAAAACGUCCUAAAGAAUGUGUUAGUAUUUUGGCAACUUGUAAUACUUCUGGUGAUGAAAGAUUGCCUUUAGUUUUUAUUCAUAAAUAUGAAACACCAUAUAAUGCUAGAUGUAAUAAAUCUGAGAAUAUCAAUAGUCUUUCAAAUGUUAAGGUUCAUUUUUUACCACCAAAUACAACAUCAUUUCUUCAACCAUUAGAUCAAGGGAGACCCCAUUCCACCCCAAUUGAUAUUUUUGAUUCAAUCAAUUUAAUUGCAGAUGCCUGGAAAAAAGUAUCUAAAAAAACAAUUCUUAACAGUUGGGUUAAAGUUGGAAUCCUUUCCAAUAAUAAUAUGGAAGAUUCUGAAUGUUCAGACAAUUCUGAUUAUGAAGAAGAUAAUAUUGGACAUGAAUUACAAUUAUUAAUUGAUAAGUUAGGAUUUGUAGAUCCUUUAGCUGUGAAUGACUAUAUUAAUAUUGAUAAUAGAGCAUCUGCUGAAGAGGAAUUAUCAUUACAAGAAAUUGUUGAAGUUGUAAAGGGAACAAAUGAAAGGGAAAUUGAAGAGAAAGAGGAGCAAGAUGAAAUCUCUACAAUAGUUGAGUUAAAUAGCAUUGAAAAUGUAAUUAAAUAUAUUCAACAAAAAGAUUUAGAAAUUGAUUGCCUGUGUAAUUCUAUUAAUCAAAGUGAAUUAAAUACAUUACAAAAAUUAAGACAUGAAGUAUUAAGAUCACAUAUCAUCAAUUUAAAGCAGACUACAUUAGAUAGUUAUUUUACUUCUAAUUCUAAUAACGAUGAUGAAGAGCUCAUGACUUCACUAGAAUUGGAUGAUACUUCUGAAAAUAAUGAUGAUGAAAGAAUACCAGAUGCAUCAAACCGCUCUGCCAAUGUACAAAAUAAUUUGGAAAAUACAUCUAAUGAAAAUAGUGAAAAUGAUUUUCAGAAUUCAGCUACAAAUGAUGGAAAUAAUAUUACUUAA